AAUGUGAGCUCUAUCUUUGCAAGCCGGGAGCCUAUCUGUUGCCUUUUCUUGUCGCGUUUGCUGAGGCCUAGAUGUUAGUAUGGUCUGGGAGGGUUCGAGGAGGUCACAUACUGUCUCCGAGGAAGCCGUUUCUGCGUUGAUCGUCCAUGGUGGUGGUACUUCUUGUGGGAAGUGGUGUCUGGGAUGUUAUGCACAGGUGGGGCCGGGUAAGAUCCUGCUUAGUCAUCGCUUACAUAAUUGAGCCUCUAUCAACGGUGCUCCAACCUGAGUCACCACCACCCACGCCAUGGACUUCUACAAGCAGCUUCCCUUUGCCGACGGCACCUUUGCACUUACAACCACCAUCACCACGCCACUUGUGUUCCGCCUCGAGAAAAACCCCCUGAAAACGGCCACCUUGUUGCCUGUCCAUGAUCCUACCCAAGUGCCUCCAGCUCUUCUUGAUCUCCUCCACCAUGAGUUCAACUACAUCGUGGAAGAAGGAUUGACCUACCCCCACCACGUCACCAUGACUCGUGAAGAAUUCAUCAAGUACUGGUUCGCCCAUUUCGUCGCCAUCUUGAUCGAGGGAGACCAUCUGUCGUUCGCAGAACUCCACCAACAACCACCAUCUUACUGGAACGAAGUCUACUUGGGCAAUUUCUACAUCAAGCCUAACUACAUUGGACGGUGCUCACACGUAUGCAAUGCUGGCUUCCUUGUCAACCACCAAAAGCGAGGCUUGGGACUCGGUAAGGAAUUGGGAAAACGGUAUUUGGCGUGGGCCAAGCAGCUCGGAUACGCUUACAGCGUGUUUAACUUGGUCUUCGAGACGAAUGUGGCCAGUUUGCGUAUUUGGGACGGAUUGGGUUUCGAGCGCAUCGGAUACGUCAAGAACGUGGCCAUGUUGCGGGGCAUGGACUCGUUGGUAGGCGCCUACAUGUUCGGCAAGGACCUCUUGGAGUAUACCCCAGACCAGGAGCACGUGAAAGCAUGAGCAAUAUCACGUGAUCGAUUUUCACG